UAAUAAUUAUUUAUGUAUUUUAAUAAUAUGACUUUAGUCCAAUAUCAGAUAUCAUUAAUUCAAUAAUUCAUAAGUUAUGCUUCAUAACAGAAAAUAAUUAUUAUUCGAAUUGUAAUGUAAGAUAAAUAAGUAGGUACCUAUUAGCGACUUAUCGAAAAUAAGUCAGAUAGAAGUAUAAAAUUAUUACCACAGCAUACUGGUAAACGGUGGGCGUUGCUCAUAAAUCAUAGAGCAAUAGUAAUACAUAUUACUCUAUGUCAUAAAUGUUUGCUGGUCGAAAACUAUUGCAACAGACAAUCACAUUAUUCGCCAAAUUCAGAAUGAUUUCAUCAAAUUCUUCUGGUAACAAUUGUUUUCGAGUUGCUAUACUGCAGUUGACUGUCACAGCCGAUAAGUCGACAAAUGUGGCCAAUGCAAUAAAACGUGUACAGCAAGCAAAACUGAAUGGCUGCACAUUAGCCAUUUUACCAGAAUGUUUUAACUCUCCUUAUAACACUGCUUUGUUCAGAGAGUACUCAGAAGUUAUUCCUGGAGGUGACACAUGCAAAGCUUUGUCUCAAGCUGCCAAAUCAAAUGAAAUUUAUAUUGUAGGUGGUUCGAUUCCAGAGAUAUGUGAUGAUAAAGUCUAUAACACUUGUACAGUUUGGGAUCCGAAUGGAAACCUGAUCGCCAAACAUAGAAAAGUGCAUUUAUUUGAUAUAAAUAUUCCUGGUGGGAUGUGCUUCAAAGAAUCUGAUGCUUUAGCUGCUGGUAAUUCACUAAAUACAUUUCAACUGGGAAAAUUUAAAAUUGGUCUAGGGAUCUGCUAUGACAUACGAUUUUCAGAAAUGGCAACAAUAUAUCGAAAACAAGGUUGUGAUAUGUUAAUAUAUCCCAGUGCUUUUAAUAUGACAACCGGACCUUUACAUUGGAGCCUAUUAGUUAGAUGUCGAGCAGUAGACAAUCAGGCAUUUGUAGCUGUUGUUUCACCUGCCAGAGUAACAGAUUCUAAUUAUGUGGCAUGGGGUCAUUCCAUGGUUGUCAAUCCAUGGGGUAAAAUUUUAGAAGAAGCUUCUGAAAAAGACAUGGAUUUAUAUGUAAAUCUUGAUUAUGGUGAUCGGGAAAACAUGAGACAGCAAAUACCCACUGAAACUCAAAGAAGAACUGACUUGUAUGAUACAAUUGAUUUGAAAAACAAAGUUUGAAUAUUAGAUAAAAUAGAACUAAAAAAUUAUUCUAAAACAUAAGUAAAUAAAAUGUGAUAACUAAUAACCAUG